AUGAUCCCGAAGCGGAGCUGGUUGGGUGUUUUCUUUGCUGUCUACAUUCAUCUCUGGCGGGCACAUCGAAAGUUGGCAAACGCGCAGCAGGAGCUGUCCUAUGAGAAUCUUACUGAGCCACUGCUGGAUGGACAGCUUCAGGCCCUAGACUUCGUCGACAGGCACGGCGGGAGCAACUUGACCGAGGGAUCUUUGGAACUAUCCUCACUUGCAGCAGACAUUUGGCACAUCAUGGAUCACUUCGGAGUCAGCGAGGGUGUGCUGGUUGGCCAUGGCGUGGGUGGCUUUCUUGCAUUGCAGUACUUGGUGGAAUACCGGAAGGACGCCACGAGAAGGCUGCCUUUUGGCUUCGUUUGCGUGGCGUGCACUGCGGGCAACUUGCAGCAGGUGAUUGGCCGAGAGAAUUCCCUUUUCGGCCGAGAAACGCUGCGCCACAUGCGCACGGAGGAGCUGUUCGCCUAUUUUGAGUUCUCCGGCGAGGCUUCAGUGUCAAAACGCCUGGGGUCCAAGGCCUCUUACGCCGAGGUGCGCGUCGUCCUGGAGGCAAAACGGAGAGCCCAUAGCGACUGGGCCCUACGGAAUCUGAGCGACAUGUUAUGGACCCUAGACCUUCACCCAGCGAUCUCUGCGUUGACCUUGCCGAGCAGUGUGCUCCUGUGUGGCAGUGAUGACAGGAAUCCGCAGCCACUGGCAUUGAGAGAUGCCUUUGUCAGCUCUGGCACCCUACACCACUUCAAAAUGACCCUUGCCUCAAGUUACAAGUCAUUGUUGACCAUUUUGUGGUUGUGCUAG